CAAAGAAACGUGAGAAACAACAAAGGGGGUGUGGUUGAUUAAGUUGCAACAGCCUCUGGCGACUUUUUUUGUCCAUAACUCCAAGGCGUCCCCCGGUAAGAUGGCGGGUACAGAAACAAGUUCACCACCACCGCACCGUCUGGCUGAUUUGGAGACUUUGGCAAAGAGGAAACUCCCAGAACACGUGUAUAACUACUACCGCGGCUGGGCAGGAGAUGGGCAGACCGCUAGAGACAACUGUGAGGCUUUUAAAAGAUACCGCCUUUUAACACGUGUUCUACGGGAUGUCUCAAAACAAGACACAGCUGUAACCGUGUUGGGAAGCAUCCUGGACCUUCCCGUAGUGAUCGCACCAACCGCACAACAUUCUUUGGCACACGACGACGGUGAAAGGGCAACUGCCAAAGCUGCAGCUGCUCUGAAUGUUGGGAUGGUGGUCAGCAGCUGGGCCAGCUGCAGCAUCGAAGACAUAUCAGAUGCCGCGCCCGUGGGAGUCAGGUGGUUUCAUCUGACGUUACAGAAAGAUGUGGCCCGCAACAAGGCUCUCCUUGCGCGGGCAGAGAAGGCCGGCUGCACGGCUGUAGUUCUGACCGUGGACCAGCCGGUAGCGCGGCGGUUAAAACGCACAGGAAAGUUGGCAGUUGCGCCUGACGAUUGGAGUCUCCCCCAUAUGACGUUUGGCGAUGCUCCCCAAAGAGGUACGGUGAGCUAUGGAGAGUAUAUAUACGCGUGCAUGAAACAGCCCAUAACGUGGGACGAUGUCGUGUGGACAAAAACAAACACCAGUCUACCAGUGGUCCUAAAAGGGAUACUGUCAGCUGAAGACGCCGAGGAAGCUGUAAGACGAGGAGUGGACGCGAUCUGUGUUUCCAACCACGGCGGAAGGCAGCUGGAUGGAGUCCCUGCUACUCUCGACGUUCUUCCUGACGUAGUUCGUGUUGUUGGUGGAAGGCUGGAAGUUUACAUGGAUGGCGGGGUGCGGACAGGAGCCGACAUACUGAAGGCCUUAGCCUUGGGCGCCAAGUGUGUGUUCGUGGGAAGGCCUGUGCUCUGGGCCUUGGCUUACCAGGGGGAAGACGGCGUUCGUCAGGCGCUACAGGUGCUGAACGAUGAACUCCGCGUUGCUAUGGCUCACACAGGUUGUUCGAGAAUUUCUGACAUCACCCGAAAGCUGCUUGUACGCGAGUCCUGCGCUGGUUGCCAUCUUACAAGCAAAGUUUAAGAUCUGACAAACCUCUAAAUUUGAGAAGACUUUAAGGUCGCUAACUUCUUCUAAGAAGUCAUGAUUUAAAAAAAAAAUCACUGGCAUGCAGUUAGGCCUUGUUAAUUUGAUCAUAUGGAUGACAUCCUCUGGGAAACUCUGCUUCACAAGCUUGCGAAUGAAAAAAGUUAAGUCGAAAACGUUGCCUUCAUUAUGGAAUUUAAGUGUUGAGGAAGGUUGACCAAAUGUUUGAACACAUGGUAUUGCGAACAAUAGAUUCUUCAUUUUUGCUUUUUCACAACUUCUUCUUUUACCUUGAAUCCUUGAAAUCGACUUUU